UCCUCUGAUAGGAGAUUACUUGCUAGAUCUUUGGAACAAGAUCAUCGCCUGGAAAGGAAUAUGGAAAUACUUUCCAAGGAUGACUCUGGAAGACGAUCCACUUCUAGGUCUGUCUCCCUGGACCGUCGACAAGAACGAAUUGCUGAGCACCUGUCUCGAGAAUCCUCUGAAAGGAGAUUACUUGCUAGGUCUUUGGAACAAGAUCGUCGCCAGGAACGGACUAUGGAACGAUUUCCAAUGAAAUCCUCUGAAAGACGUUCCACUGAUAGAUCUAUCUCCGUUGAUCGUCGGUUAGAACGAAGUGCUGAGCGCCUGUCUCGAGAAUCCUCUGAACGGAGGUUACUUGCUAGGUCUUUGGAACAAGAUCGUCGACAGGAACGGACUAUGGAACGACUUCCAACGAAAUCCUCUGAAAGACGUUCCAGUGUUAGAUCUGCCUCCCUGGAUCGUCAGCAAGUACGAAGUGCUGAGCGCCUGUCUCGAGAAUCCUCUGAAAGGAGGUCACUUGCUAGGUCUUUGGAAGAAGGUCAUCGCCUGGAACGGAAUGUGGAGCGACUUUCGAGGGAGGACUCUGGAAGACGAUCCACUUCUAGGUCUGUCUCCCUGGAUCGUCGACAACAACGAAGUGCUGAGCGCCUGUCUCGAGAUUCCUCUGAAAGGAGAUUACUUCCUAGGUCUUUGGAACAAGAUCGUCGCCAGGAAAGGAAUGUGGAGCGAAUUUCUAGGGAUGACUCUGAACGACGAUCCACGUCUAAACCUGUCUCCCUGAAUCGUCGACAAGAAGGAAUUUCUGAACGUCUGUCACGAGAAUCCUCUGAAAGGAGGUUACUUGCUAGGUCUUACGAACAAGAUCGUCGCCAGGAAAGGAAUGUGGAGCGACAUUCUAAGGAUAAUUCUGAACGACGAUCCACUUCUAGGUCUGUCUCCCUUGACCGUCGACAAGAUCGAAGUGCUGAGCGCCUGUCUCGAGAAUCCUCCGAAAGGAGAUUACUUGCUAGAACGAAGUGCUGA